GGUAGUGAAUGUAAGGUAACACCUGGUCUGUCCUAACAGGUAGUGAAUGUAAGGUAACACCUGGUCUGUCCUAACAGGUAGUGAAUGUAAGGUAACACCUGGUCUGUCCUAACAGGUAGUGAAUGUAAGGUAACACCUGGUCUGUCCUAACAGGUAGUGAAUGUAAGGUAACACCUGGUCUGUCCUAACAGGUAGUGAAUGUAAGGUAACACCUGGUCUGUCCUAACAGGUAGUGAAUGUAAGGUAACACCUGGUCUGUCCUAACAGGUAGUGAAUGUAAGGUAACACCUGGUCUGUCCUAACAGGUAGUGAAUGUAAGGUAACACCUGGUCUGUCCUAACAGGUAGUGAAUGUAAGGUAACACCUGGUCUGUCCUAACAGGUAGUGAAUGUAAGGUAACACCUGGUCUGUCCUAACAGGUAGUGAAUGUAAGGUAACACCUGGUCUGUCCUAACAGGUAGUGAAUGUAAGGUAACACCUGGUCUGUCCUAACAGGUAGUGAAUGUAAGGUAACACCUGGUCUGUCCUAACAGGUAGUGAAUGUAAGGUAACACCUGGUCUGUCCUAACAGGUAGUGAAUGUAAGGUAACACCUGGUCUGUCCUAACAGGUAGUGAAUGUAAGGUAACACCUGGUCUGUCCUAACAGGUAGUGAAUGUAAGGUAACACCUGGUCUGUCCUAACAGGAAGUGAAUGUAAGGUAACGGCUGGUGUUCUCAACAUGAGUCUUGAACUUUACCCUCCUCCGUCAGAGAUCCUGUCACCUGACAUCAUCACCACACAGCGAUCCCUGGAGAGGCAGAAGACUGCGGAGAAGGAGAGGCUUUUUCUGGUUUAUGCUAAACAGUGGUGGAGAGAGUUUCUCGAGAUCAGACAGGAAAACCAAUCCAAACUGGUCAAGAUCUUUGCACAGGAUGAGAACGGCGUCAACAGGCCGGUGUGUUCCUACGUCCGUGUCCUGCGUGCUGGUCGUCUCCUGGAGAGUCCCCGUCAGGCGGCCCGCCUCGUCAGCCUGCUGGGCCUGGAGAAAGCCCCCGUGGUGGGGGGAGGAGGAGGAGGCAAACAGGAGCAGUGGUGCUCACUCCUCGCUUUCCUCUGUAGAAACAAGGGCGACUGUGAGGACCACGCCACCUUGCUGUGCAGCCUGCUGCUUGGCUUCGGCCUGGAUGCCUACGUGUGUGUUGGCACUAAGCCCAAGGGUUUGGCACACACCUGGGUGAUGACCAGGGGCACUGACAGCACCAUCACCUUCUGGGAGAGCCUGACCGCACACAGGUACCUCCACCAGGCCAUUGACCCAGAUGCCCCUCCGCUAGCCCCCCAGCCCCGUCCCUCCUAUCCUUACCGGACCGUCGGCUGUGUGUUCAACCACAAGACCUUCCUGGCCAACUGCCAGCCGUCGGACGCCGUGGAACUCUGCGCGUUUGACUUCCACAACCAGUCCCGGUGGAAAGUUAUGAGUGAGGAGGCCGUUGGCUCAGUUUGCUCCCCGGGUAGCGCCACCUCUCUGCCACCUCUACCUCCUCUCUGUGGCCCCUCGCUGGAGCCCAGCGCUGCAUCCAACCGGCUGGAACUGGAGAUGAGGUACCUGGUGGUGGAACACAGGAAGGUGAGAGUGCAAAAAAACAACAGCGUACCUGGUCAGAGCCCGUACCUGGUCAGAGCCCGUACCUGGUCAGAGCCCGUACCUG